CACUUCCUCCCCUCCCCCGACCUGCUCGAAGUAAAACGACCGUCACUAGUGCUCCAACUUUCUUUGCCUCUGCAUCUCCUAAAGUCAUAGGAUGGCAGCAUUUCUGAAAUCCCUUCAGAAUCUGAAGAAUGAGAUCGUUCUAUUCUCUACCCCGUUACUUCUUCUCCCGCUGCCUUUAGUCAUUGGAACAAAGGAGGCAGCAUGUGCCUAUGUGAUCAUCCUGAUGGCAGUGUACUGGUGUACAGAGGCCUUACCUCUGGCUGUCACUGCCCUGCUCCCUGCUGUCCUCUUCCCCAUGUUUGGCAUCAUGCAGUCCAAAGAUGUGUGUAUGCAGUACCUGAAGGACACCAACAUGUUGUUUGUGGGAGGACUGAUGGUGGCGGUGGCAGUGGAGCACUGGAACCUGCACAAACGCAUUGCCCUUAGAGUGCUGCUCUUUGUAGGGGUGCGCCCCGCUCUUCUGAUGCUGGGCUUCAUGGGGGUGACAGCCUUCCUGUCCAUGUGGAUCAGUAACACAGCCACCACAGCCAUGAUGGUGCCCAUCGUCCAGGCCGUUCUGGAGCAGCUCAACAACUACACAGAGACUGAGAUGCCUGUGAUCCUCAGCACUGAGGAGGACACCCAGCCUCAGGAACCCACUGACAGCAAACAGACGGAGAAACAGGUAGAGGGACAUGUUGUGGUGACCUGUUUAGACCCGUUUGUGGAGGCUAUCCGGCGUAAGGAGGCUGCAGACAAGAAGAAGAUGUGUAAGGGCAUGACGCUGUGUGUCUGCUACGCUGCCAGCAUCGGGGGCACUGCCACCCUCACAGGGACUGGCCCCAACCUGGUGCUCAAGGGACAGAUGAACCAGCUGUUUCCUAACAAUGGCGAUGUCAUAAAUUUUGCAUCCUGGUUCGGCUUUGCUUUCCCCAACAUGAUCCUGAUGCUGACCCUGGCUUGGCUCUGGCUGCAGUUUGUCUUUAUGGGAUUCAAUUUUAAGAAGACGUGGGGCUGUGGGGCAGUAAAGACAGAGAAAGAGAUAGCUGUGUACAAUGUGAUCAAGGAGCAGCAUCGUCAGCUGGGCUCCAUGUCUUUUGGAGAGCUGAGUGUGUUGGGUCUCUUCAGUUGUCUGGUGGUUCUGUGGUUCACCAGAGAUCCUGGCUUCGUGGCAGGCUGGGCCACAUACAUCUUCAAUGCUGACGCAGAGUAUGUAACUGAUGCCACAGUGGCAGUGUUCAUCGCUGUCCUUCUCUUCGUCCUACCUUCCAAGCCCCCACGCUUCUGUUGCAGGAGGUCCCAAAGCUUUGACACUGAGCACCAACACCCAGCUGGCCCCACACCAGCUCUGCUGACCUGGAAGGUGGCCCAGAAGAAGUUACCCUGGAGCAUCGUUCUCCUCUUGGGGGGAGGGUUCGCCCUGGCCAAGGGCAGCGAGGAGUCAGGUCUGUCUAUGUGGAUGGGGGACCAGAUGACUCCCCUCCACACCAUCCCACCCUGGGCCAUCGCUGUCAUCCUGUGUCUGCUGAUCGCCAUUUUCACAGAGUGCACCAGUAAUGUGGCCACUGCUACUCUCUUCCUACCUGUCCUCGCCUCAAUGUCCCAGUCCAUUGGAAUGAAUCCUCUGUACGUCAUGGUGCCUUGUACUCUCAGUGCUUCCUUUGCCUUCAUGCUACCUGUGGCCACACCGCCCAAUGCUAUCGUCUUCUCAUACGGCUACCUCAAGGUUUCUGACAUGGCUAGGACAGGUAUAGUGAUGAACAUCAUCGGCAUCCUGUGCAUCACUCUGGCCAUCAACAGCUGGGGCAGGGCCAUGUUCCACCUAGACACCUUCCCUACUUGGGCCAACACUACUGGGGUUUGAGGGCACCGAGGGGCCACGGUCCACACCAUGAGGAAUGCACAUAGAGGGCCCUUAAUGUGCCAUGGACCUCUGGCGAGAAAGGCACCAACGUGACUGGUCGUGAUAGGUUGUUGGGAGAAAAGCCACAUGGCUUCCAUUACAAAGGACACUUGAAUAACCCUGUGGAAAGAGAGGAUGGAUGGAUGGAUGGGUGGAUGGGUGGAUGACUGGGU